AUGGUGAGCGGUGCUGGCGCUACAGAAAUGGAGGAAGAUGCAUGCUGCAGUGACACAGCUGCAGCACUGGCCUCUUAUUUACAGGGAAGUGUAGCCAAGACGCUAGCAGAAGGCAUCGCCGCUACGAUAAAGGCUCAACCUGAGGAUCCCCCCCUUUUUCUUUCCCGCUGGUUGCUGCAAUACGUUGAGCAACGAAAAAAACGGCUGGAAGCAUCAUCAGCGGCACCAAGAGUAGCUUCGGUGGAACAGCAAACACAAAGUACAGAAAUGCAAGCGUCGCCUAAGCAAUUGGAUUUAGGAAAUGCCAUUGCAAAGGACAACCAAGCCAUUCAAGCCUUUCGAGAAGUAGAGUGGGUGGAGGAAGAAUCAUUAGUUAAGCUUCUAAACCAUUUGAAGGAAAAGCUUGGCGCAACAGGGGUGUACCUGGCAAAGUAUGAGGAACACCCAGCUUCCAAGGAAGAAGAGGCGGCUGCAACGCUGAGAUACAUAGCUGCUGAUGAUACUCACUCUUACAUGCUGAACAACUGUCUCCGCGAAGAAGAAGGGCUGACCUGGGAUUUACUGCAAGAUGACGAACCAACUAAAGAACUCGAAGGGACAUCAAAGGAUUCUAAGGAUGAAGACGAUGCAGACGACGAAGAAACUGUCGCUGACAAAGAGGCUGAGAACAGCUCGCCGUCUGGCAAUGCUCGUGGAGAUGAAGUCAAUAAAACAGUCACCCGCAAAACUGUGAUUGUUGAUGAAGUUCUGGACAACCCUCGCAUUCGCUUUUUUGGCAUUACUCGACCUGGAAGUUACAUGGCUGUCUCGAUAGAGUUGGCUGAGGUCGCAAAUACUGACUCAGUAUUGGCUCUUUUCAACUGGAUGAAGGAGAAGAAGGCGAGAGAGGAGGCGAUUGCUGCUUCCCAGGAACAAGAAGAAACCGCUUCGGCGGCAAGUGGAGAGUCCGGGGCUCCUCCUACCGACUUUGGUGGUGUUGAGGGCAACGAAGGCGAUUCAAAUGAGGACGAAGACACCCUAGACGAAGCCCCUGAAAUGUUGAGCGCUAGUGAGGUACAGAAUCUCGAGCAAGAUCUCUCGGAGUUGCAACAAAAGUGCUUGAUCAAGUUGCAGCAACUCCAGGAACAGCGGCAAGGCGAAACGCUACAGCAACUUGACGAAAAGGAAGCAGAGGAGAUAGCAGAGGCUGAAAGACGGCGACAAGAGCAGGAAGAAAGGAGGCGAGAAAUUGCAGAAGAAAGGAAAGCAGCAAAGUUGGCACUGAAAAGUGGGGAGGAGAACGAGGGCGCUGAUGAUGAAAGCGUUGACAGCUUGUCGCUUCAAGGAGAAUCUGACGACGGCAAGAAAGAGGAAGAAGUGAUUAUCCCUCCAGCCCUUUCCAGGGAAUGCGUUGUUGAGGCUAUAGCAGCCCAAGCUACACUUGAGGCUUUCAAUGAUGAAGUGCUGACACCUCUUAAAGAGAACCUCUCGUUAAGCAGAAGAUACAUUGCCGACUCCCCUGCGUUGGUAUCAGCAGGUGCUGCUUGCGCCCUCCUACUAGGCUACGAUGUAAAGGUUCUGAAAGUGAGACCUGCCGCAAAAGAGAGCCCGUGGAAUUGGAACCGCCUGCGUCAGCUCCUGACUCCUGCAUUUGCGGACUCCAUGCUGGCGUUUGAUCCCAAGGCUCCCCGCCACUAUAAGGACAAAGAAAACAGUCUCCGUUUUAUCAUGGAAAUGCUGGAUAUUGAGCUUCAAGUGGAGGACGAACAGCCACAAGCCCCUCUUGAAAUUCUCUUGUCCUCUUGGGUUACUUAUGCAGUGAAAGCCCGCAGAGCCCAGCUGAUAUUACAGCGGGAAACUCUUAAAAGGACUGCGUUAAUGCAGCGAGCGCCUGCCCCCCAGUUGCCUGAACUCGUAGAAUUAGACGCCGACUAUGAGUGCAUCGAAGAUGUUGAGGUUUAG